ACUCUAUUAUAAAAUAAACUAUUAUUAUUUUAUUAUAGAGUAGAAAAUAGAAAAAUUUCAUUUUUUUCAUUUUUUUAUUUUAAAUAUAUAGUAAAAAGUGAAAUAUUUCUAUUUUUCUUCUUUAUAAUAGAGAUUAUUGGAGUAAAAUUUACUCAAUAAUAAAAUUAUUCUGUUUUAAUGAAAAUUGUAGAAGAAAAAAUAGAUUUAGAUUAGAGAUUGUCUAAGGUUUCUAUCGGUAGACUCAAUUUGUACGGUAUAUCUUUUACUAUUGUUUAUUAAAUAGAUAUCAAAAAUAUUAAAAAUUUAUCCAAAAAUAUCUGAAGAAUAUAGUUGAAAACCUGAUUCUUAACUGUCGUACAAGAUAACAAAGAACGAUAUUUGCUAUAAAAACAAUGAUAUUUAUGAUAAUAACUUUGCAUACUGAUGGCUUCUGUUGAAUUAACAUUUACUAGCUUUGUUUAUUCAAAUGAAAAGUGUGAAUUUGUGUUAUUCGCAGAAUUCAAUCAGAUUUUAAACCUUUGAACUUAUCAAAAACACUGUUUAUGUAGAAUUUUGUAAACAUCAGGGAACCAUAUAUAUAAUUUAUUAUAGCACCUUAAUAAUUUUGUUGAAUCCGAAGUUUAGGAGCUUGGGGAACAUGAAACAUUGAAAAUUGAAAUGGGGUACUAGUAUCGAUUACUAUAAAAUACAGUAUGAAAUGAGAAUGCUGCAGUAUAAGUGUACUCUUUUCAGGAUUAUAGAUCUGUGAAACUCAAUUAAACCUCAUAGUUCAACUCAUAUAAGUGUUUGAUCACAUCACAGGAAAUUAUUUGUUUGACUAAUUAUAUAAUUGAAAUCGUAUUUAUUAUUAGUUUAAAAAAAAUUGGAAAAUGGUUCUAAAAUUCCGCAAACAAAUAGAGUUGCACAUUUGAAAGAGUAUUUUUUCUGUUGACAAAAAAAAGAAAGAAAGAGUAUUUUCUCUUAUUCUAAAAAUGGAUUCUAUUUUGUAUUCCCUCUGGUUCAUAUCUUAGGUAGUUUUAGAAAGACAAAAAAUUUGCUUCAAAAUGUAAAUAACUUUCAUGUUUCUAAAUAAUUUUUACAUUUAAUAGACUAAUUAAAUUAAAUAGACUUAUUUAUGAUUAUUUAAUUUAUAUCUAAUAUAUAUUAAAUAAUAUAUUUUUUAACUAAUAAUUUUUUUAAUCUUUGUGUUAGCUAGAACUACCUAUAUUAUAAAACAGAAGAAGUAUUAUUUUGAUGUUUGAGAAAAUAAUUUCAAAUUUGACAAAUAUAAAAUCACUGAAAUCACAAUUUAUAUUGAACUAUUGUUGGCAAAAAUAAUAUUUAGCAAAUAUGUAAUAAUUCUGAAUUUUACUAUGCCAGCUAAAUGUAUUUGGGAUUUAAUUUUACUUUUCUGCCUUUUAAAUAGUUGUUUCAAUAUAUUUUCGGAGUUCUAGUGAUAAAACAAUCAUAUAACGUCACUAAUAAUUUACCAGAGUCACAACAAAUAUUAAAUAUAAAAUCUUAAGAUUAUAAAAGAGUCUGGCAUGCUAAUAGAAAAAUAUUUUUAAAAGAAGAAAAAACAGGUAAAAACACACAUGAUUUACCGAAAUUAAUAUCAAUAAUUAUUAAUUUAUUAUCCUAUUGAACAAUGGUUAAAAAUACAUCUCCCCAAAUUUGAUCUCCUCCUUUAGUUCUUGGUGAAAAAGAAAAGAAAGAACAGAAACAAUCAAAUUUCAUCUUCUUCUUUUCUCUUCUCUAGGGUUAUGAUCAGUCCAUCUGACAAGAAGAAUAUCAAAAGAUUACAUUUUCUUUAAUCAAAUAAUCCAAAGAUGUUCAAUAAAAUCAAGAAACUAAGCCAGAAAAAAUUCAACAAAUCAGAUCAACACAACCAAGACAACAACCCCACCAACACCAACGUCGUCCGCAGCAGCCGCACCACGCCCACCACCGCAUCUCCAUUACCAAAUGGCGAAUCCCAAACACCAGCUCCAUCACCUUCCCAGACACCAAACCACCCAAUGUUCACAUCAACACCAACCCUAGAAGUCCUCCCAUUACUAAAAGACGUGUCCUCAUCAGAUCGUCCCCUCCUCUUCAUGAAGAAGGCUCACAUGUGUUCUUGCCAAUGCGAUUUCUCCGACACGUUGAUCAUGCCACGUGAGAAAGAGAUCAAAAGACAGACACUCCUCGAACUCGUCGAUUUUCUCCACUCCUCCUCAGGUAAAGUCAACGAGACCAUGCAGAGCGAGCUCAUACGUAUGGUCUCCGCCAACAUCUUCAGAUCUCUCCCACCUGCCCAUUACGAGAACACAGGAGCUCCUCCUGAAGGGAACGAUCCCGAAGAGGAGGAGCCUUAUCUCGAGCCCUGGUGGCCUCAUCUGCAGCUUGUUUACGAGCUUCUCUUGCGUUACGUAGUCUCUUCUGAAAUAGAGCCCAAAACUGCUAAAAAAUUCAUCAGCCACACGUUUGUGUCGAGACUACUCGAUCUGUUCGACUCUGAGGAUCCUAGAGAGAGAGAAUAUUUGAAAACAGUUCUUCACAGAAUCUACGGGAAGUUUAUAUUUCACCGACCGUUUAUAAGAUGCUCAGUUUACAACAUCUUCUACAAGUUCUUGUAUGAGACUGAGAGGUGUAUUGGGAUAGGAGAGUUGUUGGAGAUUCUUGGGAGUGUGAUCAAUGGGUUUACAGUACCAAUGAGAGAGGAACAUAGGUUGUAUCUUGUGAAAGCCAUUUUGCCGUUACACAAGUCUAAAAGCAUAUCUGUUUACCACCAGCAGUUGUCGUAUUGUGUGGUGCAGUUUGUGGAGAAAGAUUAUAAGCUGGCUGAUACUGUGAUACGUGGGUUGUUGAAGUACUGGCCGCUUACGAAUUGUAAUAAGGAGGUUCUGUUCUUGGGUGAGCUUGAAGAGGUUUUGGAUGUUACUGAGCCUUCAGAGUUUCAGCAUUGUGUUGUUCCUUUGUUUACACAGAUUGGGAAAUGUCUUAAUAGCGCACACUUCCAGGUGGCAGAGAGGGCUCUUUUCUUGUGGAACAAUGAACAUAUCGUAGGCCUGAUUGCUGAGAAUAAGGAUGUGAUUUUUUCUAUAAUAUUUGAAGCAUUGGAGAAGAACAUGAAAGGACAUUGGAACCAGGCGGUGCAUGGUCUCUCUGAGAAUGUUAGAAGAAUGUUUAUGGAGAUGGACAAUGACCUCUUUGAAGAGUGUGAGAAACAGUAUCAGGAGAAUGAAGCUAAGACUUGGGAGUUGUUGGAACAAAGAGAGAUGACAUGGAAGAGACUUGAGGAAGCUGCUUCCCUAGUUGCAAACUAAAAGCAUAUUUUGAUGAUGGCUUUUUAGCUUUAUCUUCUUUCUUUUGCAAAAGUAAUGUUUUCUAGAAAUUAUAAUAAUUUAUUUGUUUUGUUCUUUUUCAUUUCUUUGGAUCUCCUGUAAGUGGCGACCGGGAAUAUGAAUUCAGAUGUCUCCAACCAGAUCAUGUCACAGACGUUAAGUUUAGUGCUGUUAAUUGCAGCUUCCACAUAACUUGGUAGCAAUUAAGUGUGUACAAGUAUAGACUAUAUUAUGGUCUAUUUUCUUAUAACCGUGGAGUAGUGUAUAGUACCAACGACUAGUUCGGUUCCGAGUUUUUAACAAAACCUCAAGUAUGGUUAUAUCUUCAUUGCUUGGCUUUGUUUGACAAGCAUUGACAAGCAUUGAACUUGUGAUGCUUAGAGUUCUUUUUAAACUUUUUUGCGGCUCUAAGCAUCGGUUUGGCUCUUGAGCAAACUGGAUUACAGGCUUAAAUUUGUAAUCAAACCAUCAUUAUUUACUUAAUGACAUUUACAAUUUAGCAAAAAAAAAAAAAAAGUUAUAUCUUCAUCUAACCAACCAACUUUGUCUAUAAUGUCUCAUAUCAACCUUUAUCACUAAACUACCACCGUUUAGUUUAGUCGAUAUUGCAUUAAGUUUUUAAGAGAUUUAAGCCAUAAUCACAAUUUAAAUUGACAAGAACCUAACAAUGCUUUACAGCUUAUUACAAAACACCUUUUAAUUGUGGGAAAAAAUGAAAAGCGUAUAAGAUAGUGGAGUUACAGAAAGAUGAAGAUGCUACAACUUGAUGAAACCACUGCCUUUGAUUUGAUGAGACAAAGUUCGUCUUUGACGUUGCCAUCAUAUAUCAAUUUAGUUUCGGUUUUGUAAUGUUGUGAACCAAAAAAAAAAAUGGAGAGGAACUGUACACCAACCAAGCCAACAACCAAUCAAUUGAAGGGUCCAAAUCCUAUUAGUUAUCCUUGCGGACUACAACAAUAAUAGACUUGAUAAUGACAUUACACAAAUCAUUAUCAAACAAAAC